UACUGAUGUAACAUGUCGACUCUCGCCAGUGGUCAUCCAACCAUCACCAUGUCACACAAGACACCACACCAACGGAUAGCCGGGCUACCUAAGCUGGGGGUGAAGGUCGUCAAAAAAGUGGAAUUCGCCUCCAAAAAUUUCAGCCUCGCCGACCACGACCUAGUUCCGGAGCUGAAAAAUCAUCCGCUGAAUUCGUCUUUCACUCUACUCGAGCACCGGAAUUUCCCGAACCGGCGCCAGAGAUCUGUGGAAGACAUGGGACAAGGGGAGAGCACUAUCAGAAGACAGCUGACGAGAAGUCACUCGUUUGACUUGAAGAAUAGUAAACAAGAGGAAAAAAAUAACACGGUCAAAUUUGAACCACUGAUGAAGUUCCGCAAAGCCGUGAAGAUGGUGUUACAUCUGUUGAGGGCAACUUACACCAGCAGAGAGCGGACUCAGAGACGGGAGAGGUACUUCAGUAUCUGGUCCAGUUAUCUGGACAAAAGCUGGACAUCGUCCAAGAGAGCCUACGACCUGUACGGCAUCAGCUUUGACCCCCAGGACUUCAAGGCCAACAGAGAGAUCCAGGUAACCGCCGAGGCCAAGGCCAUCCUCUCCCUGGAGCCGAGCAGACGCACCCCUCCCCAGCUGCGUCAGGUGCUGUUGUCCCUGAGACAGGCGGUCAAGGAGUUCAGUGAGUUCCCCAUCACCAUGCAGGAGUCCUUGGUGCGGGUCGGCUGGUAUGAACAUUUUGAAUCGAAACGGGUCAUCAUUCGUCAAGGUCAUAUGGCGGAUAAUUUCUACUUUAUCUUGUCUGGUACAGCUAUCGUCAUCGUGCUUGACACAGACAAACAGACCGGCGAACAAACAGCCAGGACCGUGGCUUUUCUUGGAAAAGGGAAAAGUUUCGGCGAGCUUGCUCUGAUGCACAAGUCACGCCGUAGCGCCACGGUGACGUGUCAGAGUGACGUGGAUCUAUUGGCUGUUGGGCGCGAGGACUUUGUUGACAUCUUCAUGCACGUGGAGCGGGGGGUGGAGCCAGAGCACAUCCGGUUCCUGCGUAGCCUGCAGAUCCUCAGAGACUGGCCCAUCGAGGUCCUGCCUGUCGCCAACCCCAAAAUUUUACUCUUCACCUAUGUCAGACGCGGUGUGUUGCUGUGUCGCGAUAGCAACACGUCUGAGUGGAUCUACGUGGUGAAAUCUGGGUCAUGCAGCGUCAUCAAAGCCCUGCGCGCGGUGCACAAUGGAGUGUUUGUUGACAAAUCGCAGGCAACUUCUAUAAAUAAGCCUUUGGUUAUCCAGCCGACUGGUUCCUCUCUAUCCCCUUACUCUCCGCUCCCAAGCAUUGGGCAUCAGAGAGGGUACACGAUAAACAUCAGCAGUGAUAGGAGAGGAAGGAAGAAAGGCGCGAUUUCAUUGGUCCUUCAAGAACGUAACAAAGAAGAGCAAAAUGGUCUUGACCACCUACAGUGUCUUGACGUCAUCAUGGAGCAAAAACAUGGGGCAGUAGUCCAGCAGGUGAGUUGUUGGAUGUCAGAAUUUUUCCCUGAGUCGCCUCCCAUGAAACCCGAAGACCACCAAGGGGAGGGAAUGAGAAAUUGUGUGUUUGUGGAGAUUUUAAAGUUAUGUCCUCGUGACGUUUAUGGUCUCGAGUCGUGUGUCUUCAAGUCUUUAAACAAGACAACCAGCACCAACCUCGUAUCCGGAGGGGCGGAGCUUAUAAUGAUCAACCGGAAGUUCUUCUUGGACCACACGUCGGAGCAGUUACGGAAACAAAUCAGGAGGGAGAUCCGCCCCCUCCCCCACAGAAGAGACCCUGCAGUCCCCAGCAUCGAGACGAUGGCCAGCUGGGAGGUGUUCAGGAACCAGAUUCUAAAGAAGGCUGUGGAUUCCAGGAAACGUCGGGCACUUGACCAGAUGAGUGGCAG